AUGUUGAGCACAAACUUUUCGAUCAUUGAUUACUUAGUGUUUAGUCUAUUAUUAAUCUCGUCGUCACUAAUCGGUGUUUUCUUUUGGUUUAAAUCGCGAAAUAAUGCCACGAAUGAGGAGUUCUUGACCGGUAAUCGCCAGUUAGGUCUGUUCCCGGUCACCAUGUCAUUGGUGGCCAGCUUUAUGUCGACAAACACACUGCUGGGCCUACCGGCCGAGGUAUACCAAGUGGGCACUCAGUUUUCGCUGCAAAUAUUUUCCAUCACAAUAGCUGUACUGUUGGCCGCAGAGGUGUUUAUGCCUAUCUAUUACCGAUUGGGACUUUUGAGUGUCAAUGAGGGUAUCAUAGAAGUGGGAGGUGUGUCUGAACUGUGGAGAAUCAAUGAGAAAGGGGGUCGACUUAAAUUCUUUAAUAUGAAGUUUGAUCUCUACAAUCACGACAACUUCUGGAAUGUGAUGACCGGCACAACCGUUACGUGGAGUGCCUGUUAUUGUGUGACACAAACACAGGUCCAGCGAUACUGUAGUAUGGGUUCACAUCAAAAGGCCAAACGCACCCUAUACUGGAACCUCCCGGGGCUAAUCAUAUUAGCGAUAAUGGCAAUAUUAUGUGGAAUGGUGAUAUAUGCAAAGUACCACGCAUGUGAUCCGGUCACUUUGGGAAUCAUUGAACGCCACGACCAGUUGAUGCCAUACUUUGUGAUGGACACGCUAUCCAAAUACCCCGGUCUGCCCGGACUGUUCGUCGCCUGUGUUUUCUCAGGUUCUCUCAGGUAUUCAAAGAAAAGUCUAAUUAUAUUAAUAUUCGGAGACAUUUAUCGAGUAAACUGGAUAAUUAUGGCUUUCACUCUGUCCUCCGGGUUCAACGCGUUGGCAGCGGUCACGUGGGAGGACCUCAUCAAAGAUAGGAUCAAAUUAAAUGAAAAACAGGCGCUUACUGUCACUAAACUGAUUGCCAUAGCCAUGUCCUUCGGUGUGGGCAAUGCCGGCACUGUCUUACAGGCUUCGAUGGCACUGGUGGGCUCUAUGGUGGGCCCACUAUUUGCCCUGUUUAUUUUAGGAAUCCUGUACCCAUACGCCACCGCACCUGGCUCAUUAAUAGGCUUUAUAUGUGGUGUGACAUGUAGUCUAUUUCUAUCGAUCGGAUCUCUGGUGAUCCCCCGACCGAAGGUGUCUUUGCCGACCACUUUAGACGGCUGUUCAGCCGAUAUACUCAAAGAAGUUUUCUCGAGAUUCAACGCAUUGCCCACCUCUUCAUACAUACCGUCUUAUGAUAAUCCAGAAGGUUUUGGUAGAUUUUUUCACAUCUCAUACUUAAUACUAUCUGCCUUUGGGUUCAUAAUCUGUUUAAUAGUGGGAGUGAUUGUCAGUCUAUGUAUAGGUAAGAGAAACGAGUCAAUGGAUCCCAAUUUGAUGUCUCCGAUCGCCAAAUAUUUGUUUCCAUGGAUUAAAUCACAACAAAUGUAUUCAUCGAAUGGAAAGCAAAAUAACAAUAUAAAGACUGUGGAGGGACUAAGUUUUACAAUCAGUAAAAGUAACCCUAAUAUACCUAAUGAUACGAAUAAUGAAAAUCAUACCACCGUAUAGUAAAAGUUUAUAAUUUGAUUGAGGUUUAUGUUGUCUUAAGUAAACAUUUCAAUAACAAUAAAAUUUACUUUUCAACUCACAAUUUGUGACACAAUUUGACCGACAAUUGUCUUGGGGAUUAUUUGCGGA